AUGAAGAAGACCAAUGCAAUAUGUCAUUUUGGGAAUGCUACCGCUGAUUGUGAUCCGACAUCCGGACAAGGCGAGGAGGACCUGAAGCCCAGCACAUUCCUAGAUUUUGUAGUCUCAAGAACAACUUUAUCCGCUACCCACAAACUGAUCGAUUUGUUGGAUUCCGCUUCCGGGUAUCAAUCUUCACCUUCCUUCCAAUCGGCACUGUUCGACUGA